AUGGCGCACGAUGCAUGCAGCGCCGCACUUGCAGUCCAGGACAAGGCCAAGGGCGCAGGCGAUGGUGCCCCGCGCGACACGAUCCUGCGUGUGAAGCGCAAGCGCGAUGAAGAUCCGAUUGACGCUUUUGUCGUGCAGCUCGGGACAGUGCCGGGCGCAAAGCAGCCUCGCCCGACAGCGCGGGGGGGGCAAGAGCCUGGCAUGUUUCGGCUCCGCGAAACGGUGCCGAAACCCCUGAAUGAUGCUGCGCGUGUGAUUGAAGCAGAAUGGGAUGCAAGCCGCCGAAAAAUCGCUAUUAAGCGGAAGCGCGAUGGCCACGAGGAGGAUGAUCAGGCCCAGCGGAAAAAGACGUGGACAGCGUCCAGCACAAUCCAGCCCAGCCAGGCCGAACCAAGCAAGGAAGCCGAAAAAUAUGUGUACGAUAUCUAUUAUCGCGAGACGGUGCCGCUGCACUGGAAACUCCCUGCCAACAAGGAGGAAUCGAAAAAGGCCGUGGAAAAGCAUAAGCCCCCGGCAAUCGGCCGCGUUGCACGCGUUGGACCGCCACAGGUCGGGCGCGCGUCCGAGCCGGCCAAGGCUUCGUAUUCUCCUGUCCCUCUGCCGCGGCACACGCCUUCGGCGACGAGCGCGCCGGGCUUUGAACAUCUGAGUGCACUCAGCACCGAGCAUGCGCCCGACUGGGAAGAAGACUGGGACGAAGCCGACUUUAUCCCUGUCUUCUUGCGGCCGAGCGUGGACGAAGAAGGACGCACGACCGUCGUGCCAAUUUCGUCGACCGGGCAGCGCCUAGCAGAGGCACAGCUCGUGCACGAAGAACUACGUGCUCCGCCCUCAAUGCUGGGCGAGGACGAGGACAGCAACGACGAGGAUUACUUUGGCAACGACUACCCUGAUCGCGACGAAUGGGAAGAGAACAGCGAUACGUCGGAGGAGCCUGAUUCUUAA